AUGAAGUCUACCACUGUUCUCCUCUCCGUCUUGGCCGCUUCUGCCUCCGUCGUCCUCGCCCAGUCCCCCGGCGUCGACGAGGAGCGCCUCUACUACACCGAGCCCACCACCGCCACGACUUGGACUGCCGGCGCCAACGCCACCGUCGCCUGGUCCAACGUCUGCAACUCCAAGAACACCGGCGACCUUGCCAUCGUCCUCUACAUCGGUACCGGUGGCGCCAACGGCACCGAGCAGAUCCGUGUCCCCGGCAUUGCCAACAUCGGAACCUUGAACUGCUCGAAGGCCCAGACUGCCAUCGUCAACUUGCCCGCAAACUUGACCACCUCCGACAAGUACGCCAUCCACGUCGACACCGAGCCCUACCAGUCGUACUCUUCCCCCUUCUCCAUCAAGGGUAUUGACCCCCCCGUCACUACCACUGUUGCCCCCGUUGCUCCUACCACCCCCAGUGCUGCCGUCCCCUCCGCUAGUGUUGGUUCGACCACCACCGCUGCUGGUGGUGCUGCUGCCACUAGUGACAAGAGCACUAGCGCUGCUGGAUCCUUGAAGGCCUUCGGUGCCUCGGCUGCCGUCCUUGCCGCCACCAUCGGUGCCUUCUUCUUCUAA